CAGCUCUUUGUGAGAGUUCUAACUUUUGAAAAUGCCUGAACCCUCUAAGUCCGCUCCCGCCCCGAAGAAGGGCUCCAAAAAGGCUGUGACCAAGGCGCAGAAGAAGGAUGGCAAGAAGCGCAAGCGCAGCCGCAAAGAGAGCUACUCCAUCUACGUGUACAAGGUGCUGAAGCAGGUCCACCCCGAUACGGGUAUUUCCUCCAAGGCCAUGGGCAUCAUGAACUCCUUCGUCAACGACAUCUUCGAGCGCAUCGCCGGCGAGGCGUCCCGCUUGGCGCACUACAACAAGCGCUCCACCAUCACGUCCCGGGAGAUCCAGACGGCCGUGCGCCUGCUGCUGCCCGGCGAGCUGGCCAAGCACGCCGUGUCCGAGGGCACCAAGGCCGUCACCAAGUACACCAGCUCUAAGUAGACGAUCUUUCUGCGUACCGAAACCAAAGGCUCUUUUCAGAGCCACCCAUUUUUUUCACGGAAGUGCUGUAAUAUUUAGGGCUGCAUGUGGCAUGCAAUCUCAUUCGCAAUUCAAAUUUGGCCCCUAACC